AUGGCAACAAAACUUACUGAUUUGCGUGGAUGCAUAUGCUUGGUUACUGGUGCCAGCAGAGGUAUAGGGCGUGGCAUUGCGAUAGGUUUGGGUGAGUGUGGAGCAACAGUUUAUAUCACGGCUCGCACCCUCAAACCUAAGGAGGAGUCCGGUGAUGGCAGCACUGGUAGCCUUGAGGAAACCGCUGCGGAAAUAACAGCCAGAGGUGGUGUGGCUUUUCCGGUAGCGGUGGAUCAUUCCGAUGAUUCGCAAGUUGCAAAUCUAUUCACUCGCAUUCGUCGUGAACAGAACGGCCGCCUAGAUAUUCUGGUGAACAACGUUUACUCUGGCGUGAAUAUUCUAACCACGAUUGUUAAAGAGAAGCGAAAAUUUUGGGAGCUAGGUCCCGACGAAUCGCCAGCUUCUAUAUGGGAUGCUGUGAACCGUGUUGGUCUUCGCAAUCACUACAUCUGCUCUGUUCUUGCCUCUCGCCUGAUGCUGGCUUCUCGUAACGAGCUAACUGAAGACUCUGCGGAUGGUGUCAGUGGUGUAAAACCUUCUGCACAUGCUCGCCCUGGUCUUAUUUUUAACAUUACCUCUGCUGGUAGUCUUCGUCACCUCUUUGCAGUUGUUUAUGGUGUUGGGAAAUCUGCUAUUGAUCGGAUGACAGCAGACAUGGCUGAAGAGCUGCGAUCACGUGACAAGAGCCUUUCAGUGAUUUCCAUCUGUCCAGGUCUUGUACGUACUGAGAUGAUGACGAAUCAUUUGCAGAGCUCUAGUGAAUCCUUUCCUCUCGACAUCAAAACGCAAUCGGAGUCGCCAGAACUCACGGGUCGAAUAAUUGCUGCUAUCUCUAUGGAGACGCGUGAGGAAUUACUGGCUCGUUCGGGUCGUGUCUUUAUUGUUGCCGACGUGGCGAAUAGCCUUAAAAUCAAAGAUAUUGAUGGUCGCUCCCCCAUUAGUUUUCGCUCCUACAAAGUUCUUCUACAACUUGCUGGUUGGAAGCGUCUCGCUGCCCUUGUUCCACCCUUUCUGAAGGUGCCAUACUGUCUCUUAAGGCCUGCCUCACCACGAUUUUAA